GAGCGUUCGCGGCUGAUGGUCUCUUCUCCACCUUCGCAGGGCGGCCAGAUCCUCAGGGUGUCCACCGCCUUGAGUUGCCUCCUUGGCCUCCCCUUACGGGUGCAGAAGAUCCGGGCCGGCCGCAGCACUCCAGGCCUCAGGCCUCAACAUUUAUCUGGACUGGAAAUGAUUCGAGAUUUAUGUGAUGGGCAGCUGGAAGGGGCAGAAAUCGGCUCAACAGAAAUAACCUUUACACCGGAGAAGAUCAAAGGUGGAAUCCACACAGCAGAUACCAAGACAGCAGGGAGCGUAUGCCUCUUGAUGCAGGUCUCAAUGCCCUGUGUUCUCUUUGCUGCGUCUCCAUCUGAGCUUCGUUUGAAAGGUGGGACUAAUGCAGAAAUGGCCCCACAGGUCGAUUACACAGUGAUGGUUUUCAAGCCAAUUGUUGAAAAAUUUGGUUUCAAAUUUAAUUGUGACAUUAAAAUGAGGGGCUAUUAUCCAAAAGGGGGUGGUGAAGUGAUUGUCCGAAUGUCACCAGUAAAACAAUUGAACCCAAUAAAUCUCACUGACCGCGGCUCUGUGACCAAGAUAUAUGGAAGAGCAUUUGUUGCUGGUGUUUUGCCAUUUAAAGUAGCAAAAGACAUGGCGGCGGCAGCUGUGAGAUGCAUCAGAAAGGAGAUCAGGGACCUGUUCGUUAGCAUCCAGCCUGUCCAGGAGCCUAAAGACCAAGCUUUUGGCAAUGGAAAUGGAAUAAUCAUUAUUGCUGAGACAUCCACUGGCUGUUUGUUUGCUGGAUCAUCGCUUGGUAAACGAGGUGUAAGUGCUGACAAGGUUGGAAUUGAAGCUGCUGAAAUGCUAUUAGCAAAUCUUAGACAUGGUGGUACUGUGGAUGAGUAUCUACAAGACCAGCUGAUUGUUUUCAUGGCACUAGCCAAUGGAGUUUCCAGAAUAAAAACAGGACCAGUCACCCUCCACACGCAGACAGCUAUACAUUUUGCUGAACAACUAGCAAAGGCUAAAUUUACUGUGAAGAAAUCAGAAGAUGAAGAAGAUGCCUCAAAAGACACUUAUAUUAUUGAGUGCCAAGGAAUUGGGAUGACAAAUCCACAUCUGUAGAGUAUUUCCCUCUUAAGUGAUACCUAUGUGUUAUAUUGCACUAAUUCAUAAAUACUACAAAUCGAUCUGUAGGGAAUAACUUAUUAAAGGACUACAGUGUUCUAGAUUUCCUGAGAAUGCAUCUUGAAAUUAAUCUCACUUUGAAUAUCUCUGAAAUAUGGACAAUGAAAUAUAAAGAGAUGGUAGAUAUGUAUGAUAGCUGAUUUCAAUAUUAAAGCAUUGAAAUAAAAUAUUCUUAAUACCUGGG